CUGCCAUACUUUCCUCCUCGUACUUCCGCCACCUCAUCGGAGGUCGCUCCAGUGGUCGUUUUCUUUCUCUCGGGUACCGUUCUACAAUGCGCGAGGUCCAUCGGUUGUCAUCGAGACGUGCGACGUGGCCUGCCCAACGGAUCUUGCUUACUCUCAUGGUUUGCACGAUAUCUUGCAUGCCACUCAUUUUUCGGAGAAAUGGCGAGCGACCCGAGUUCGUUCGUCGGAGCACAAGUGAAGUAUUUUCUGAAGUGCACGACCGAGGCGGUGGAGAACGACCCAAAACUGGUGCUUGGCAAUGUCCGGCAGUUCAUCAACGGCCUCAAAAACUAUUUGGUCAAACAGGACGAAGCCAGCCUUCACUUCCUGAUCGAAAAUGAGCGCUGCAAGCUGGCGUCGAACCAAUUCUUGAACAUCGACGCGAUUCUAGAGGGUGUGCUGCAGAAGAUCAUACUGGACCCGCUCAAGCCAUAUCUCUACCAACUGUUAAUCAAGGAGAGCUCGAAGAACGGCACAUUGCACAGCCUGUCAGAGAACAUGGCUGCAGUUCGUAAUAAAUCUCCUGAAGAUAUCGGUUUACAGCCGAUCGAUUUCGACAUUCCAAUGGAGCAGAUACGUGAAGAGUUUCGCAGAAUGCAGCAUCAUUACUCGCCGGUCAAGAAACUCGAGUACCUACUUAGAGCUUUGUCCCUUGCCUACCCGAAAAGCAGGGUGGUGACGGCGGUGAACUGUUAUAACUUCGACCUGCCAGAUGCUGACGAAUUAUUGCGGUGGCUCGUGUAUCUUUUGUCGAGAUGUUCGGUGGUCGGUUGCGAGAUCGAGGCGAACUACAUGUGGGGUUUGUUGCACCCGGCGCUGUUGUUUGGCGAGGCUUCGUACUGUCUGACCGCUUUGUCAUCGGCGGUGCACGUGCUGAAGCAUGCACAUUUGGUGUCGAAGCUUAGCGACACUUGCCAUUUUGCGUCCGAGGUACUCUGGCGCUUUGUUCCCUCGCCCUAUGUAGAAAGCGUGGAAACUACCGGCGCAUUUCUGAGGAUCGCUAUACCUGAAGAAGUUACUGGUGCCAUCUACUACCACUGUUUCCCUGCCGUUCCGGAUAUGUCGUGUGCGAAGCUUUGUCGAAUGAUUGCCCACAAAUUCAAAAUAACUAAUCCUGAGGAUUACGGAUUGUACUUGAACGUAGAUGGCUAUGAAAGUGCCGUCCUACCGGCCGACUGUCCGGAUGUGAUGCGUGCCCAAUUGCGAGCGCUGAAAAAGUUCCAUUUAUUUGUCUAUAAGCGACACGAGGCCAAAAUUGCUUGGCCGAAAAUGACAACAUCGGAAAUGGAUUAA